AUGUCCCACCUCCCACCCCCUGCCUGCAAGACUGUGGUAAGGAACCACUGGCCAGAAAGUAGCACCAAACCCCACAUAGAAAACAUCACCAUUGAUCAGAACCAAAUGGACUUUUCAACGGUGGUCUCCAAGGAGGGCGUGAUGACUCCGACCCCCAGAAAGAGCCACACUUCUUCAGAUGCUCCAGAAAACUUCAUUCCACAAACUGAAGCAGCAGAUGCUAGAGGAAGAAAUGACUCUUCCAGGAAAACAAAUUUCACCAUUUCCCCUGUUGGGUCUGACACAGCAACAGCUCUGACUUCCCAGAGCCUCACCAGAGGGUCCCUGGCAAGAGGAAAGCGGCUCCCCGAAGACGUGACUGUGCACACCCAACUGGCUGCCACUUGGGUUUCCAGCCAGGACCCUCUUCCUGCUUUAGAGAUGGAAGAGGAGACCACGCUCUCUAGGAAGAGAAAUUUUUCAGGACCAGCGCUCUCCAGGACACCGGCUCAUUCCCCUCCCUCAGACCACCCCGGAUCUUCUGGAAGCACUGAGAUGCUUAACAACUCCACUACUCUCCGAAGCACCUUGCUGAAUGGGACACAGAGUGUGCGUGUUACCACCACAUUCCCCAGUGGUGUCCCAGGGAUGCUUCAGUCUUUAACCGGCAGUCCACGACCUCUAAAUGAGACGGAGCGUUCCCCCAAGGACUCAGAAAUUGCCAUGACUUCAGUAUCAGCCCGUUCUUCACCCUUUGAGGCAGAGCUGAGAAGAGGCAGUGGAGUAAUCAGGAAUCCAGAGGAUGGGGAAUUCACUGAGCCAUCCACAGAAAAGGGAUUUGGCCUCACAUCUUCUGGGGUCUCAGUGGAAUUCUGGCAAAAUGAUUCCCCAACCUUGGGAGGAGAGCAGCUUGCCAGCAGCUCAGACGCAGAGGAUGGAAGUCUCAUGUCUCAAACUGAGACUGUGUCUAGGUCGGUCCUGUCGGGCAGAAGUAGAGCCAGCACAGCACGCUGGUUCUUGACCAACAGCAAGACAUUCGCAGAUGCGACAGGAAGCUCCACUUCCUAUCCUGAAGUUGUGAACGCCUCAGUGCUGACCCGGUUCUCAGCCUCUGUGUCCCAGUCUAGAGGAAGUGACGCAGCACUGGGCGACAGGAGCUACUCUGAGCCGGCCACCGAGUCUUUGUCCUCAUCCUCCUCAGAAAGCCUGGAUUCCUCAGCAGCACGUGGUGAGUGCUCAAUCACUGGAAUUAGCUACAGUCAAGCGAGUGGCACGGACUUUGAACAGAAGGCUUCCAGCGACUACGCAGACCACACCUAUGUCUCCUCUACUUUUACCAAAGGAGAAUGGGCAUUGCUGUCCAUUGUAGACAACAGUUCAACCCCGGACAUAAGGGAGAGUUCGACCUCUUCUGCUAAGAUCUCAAACUCUUCACAUUCAGACUAUUCUUCCUCUUCUCAGGCUCAGACUGAAAGAAGUAAUGUGUCAUCCUAUGAAGGGGAGUACGCCCAGCCUUCCACCGAGUCCCUGGCUCUGCACACAGCCAACCUUCCGUCCUACACAUCCACCAUUAACAUGCCAAACACGUUGGUUCUUCUGGACGCUGAUGCUGGAUCGAUUGGCAACUCUUCUUCCUCUUCUUCUCCUUCUUCUUCUUCUUCUUUUCCUCCUCCUUCUUCUUCUUCUUCUUCUUCUUCUUCUUCUUCUUCUUCUUCUUCUUCGGGACCCCCUUUGCCCCUGCCCUCAGUAUCCCAGUCCCACCAGUCAUUCUCCUCAAUCUUACCAUCAACCGGGGCCUCUACUCUUCCACUGCAGUCCACUCCCCAUGCACCCACACCUGUGUCUUCCUCACCAGCGUCCCUGACAGCAUCUACCCCUGCCUCGCCGUCCACCUCCCAAACAACACUGGCACCUUCACCUUCUACUCUGGUCCUGCCUGUGACUCCAGUUCAGACGGCGACAAUGGCGUUGUCUGUGGCAAUGCUUCCCAGCAGUCAAACGGCAAAUCCUAAGAACCAGAGUAACCCAUACCAUGAGAAAGUCAUUACAGAGUCAAAGCCACCGAGCCUGGAGUCUCUGCCCACAGAGGCCACCGAAGCUGUAACAGUGAGGUCUACCUCAGGGAUCCCUAUGCCCUCGGCCUUAACAGAGUCCUCCACUGAGCAAACCCUUCCAGCCGUAAGCACCAGCAUAGCCCGAACGUCUCCAGCUUUGACAACCACCAUUCUUGAGACCUCUCAUCCCCCCAGCCCUGCGGCAACCACAGCAGCCCUGAUGCCUGACCCCACAACAGUACAGACUACGGCUGGAAAGCAGCUCUUGCCAACCAGCCCUGAAAUUCCAGUACCACGAAUCUCAACAGAAAGUGCUGUCACCACAGAAAGGAGCCAAGCCCACGUAGAUGCUACCACCCAGUUGGUGCCCCUGACCAGUGUACCCACGUCAGUGAAAGGACCGACCACGGGGCUCGGUGUGACGGAAGAGAACAGCCCGGCUUCACACUUCCUCGGAACAUCUCCUUCUCCCCAGACCGUAGGCGUUUCCACAGAUGAAGUACUGACUCCUAGAUCUACUACCUUCACUGCUCGGGGCAGCACACCGUCACCGACAGCCCUGUCAUCAGCAGCCCCAGUUAACAGCUGUGCCACUAACCCUUGUCUUCAUGAUGGGAAAUGCUCUGUGGACUCCAGCAGCCGUGGGUAUCGAUGCAUGUGCUCACCUUCCUGGCAAGGGGAUGACUGCAGUAUGGAUGUGAAUGAAUGCCUCUUGAACCCCUGCCCACCCCUGGCCAUGUGCAACAAUACUCAGGGAUCCUAUACCUGCAAAUGCCCGGUUGGGUACCAGUUGGAAAAAGGAAUAUGCAAUCUGGUUAGGACCUUCGUGACAGAGUUUAAAUUAAAGAAAACGUUUCUCAAUACCACCAUGGAGAAACACUCAGACCUACGUGAAGUUGAAAAUGAGAUCACCAGAACAUUAAAUGUGUGUUUUUCAAUGUUUCCUGGUUAUACCCGAUCCACAGUUCAUGCUUCUAGGGAGUCCAGUGCAGUGGUCAUGUCCCUGCAAACCACGUUCUCCUUGGCCUCCAAUGUGACACUGUUUGACUUGGCUGACGGGAUGCAGAAAUGUGUCAACUCCUGUAGGUCCUCUGCUGAGGUCUGCCAGCUCUUGGGAUCUCAGAGGCGGAUCUUCAGAGCGGGCAGCUUGUGCAAGCGGAAGACUCCGGAAUGUGACAAGGAGACCUCCAUCUGCACUGACCUGGACGGUGUCGCCCUGUGCCAGUGCAAGUCAGGCUACUUCCAAUUCAACAAGAUGGAUCACUCCUGCCGAGCAUGUGAAGAUGGAUAUAGGCUUGAAAAUGAAACCUGUAUGAGUUGCCCAUUUGGGCUCGGUGGUCUCAACUGUGGAAACCCCUAUCAGCUGAUCACCGUGGUGAUUGCAGCAGCAGGAGGUGGGCUUCUCCUUAUUCUAGGCAUUGCGCUGAUUGUUACCUGCUGCCGAAAGAGUAAAAAUGACAUAAGCAAACUCAUCUUCAAAAGUGGGGAUUUCCAAAUGUCUCCCUAUGCUGAGUACCCCAAGAACCCUCGCUCACAAGACUGGGGCCGAGAAGCUAUUGAAAUGCAUGAGAAUGGAAGUACCAAAAACCUCCUCCAGAUGACGGAUGUGUAUUACUCGCCCACAGGUGUAAGGAAUCCUGAACUUGAACGAAAUGGACUCUACCCGGCCUACACUGGACUGCCGGGGUCACGGCACUCGUGCAUCUUCCCUGGACAGUAUAACCCAUCUUUCAUCAGUGAUGAGAGCAGGAGAAGAGACUAUUUCUAA